AUGGACCAGGACAGUCAAGCCAAAACUGAGCCGACAACGCCUGGCUUGCCUCCCAAUGCAAUUGAUAUCGUCACCCUGGAGGCGAGAAAAGAAGGUGUAUUUGCAGGCCUUACUGGCGGAUUAGCAUCAGGCGAGUAUCCUAUAGAAGGCAUCGUUUCAGCAGAAACAAAACAAUCUUCUGUGGUGUUCGUAAGUAUUACGACUCUGGUUUUACAAAUAAUUCCGUUCUAUGCGCGCUUGUUUUUGCUUACCUUUGUUCUCACAGUCACUGGGAUUCUUUCCGGGUAUUUCUUCACGGAGGCUUUCAAGACUGCGCACAUCGCCCAACUUCACGCAGAGGAAGCGCGACUAAGGGCCAGGACUAACGAAACGCCGAACUCCGAGCCCCACUCAACCUGA